GAAAACUGCAAAAUGAAGAAUUCUCUGGGAAAAUGUCAAUCAUAAUUGAAUAAACAAUAUUUGCAGUUUUGUUUACGUUUUCCUAAGAACUACUGUUCAAAAUAUGGCAUCUACUAUUGACGAAGAGUCCACAACCAAACCAGCUGCCACCAGCGAUGAGGAUCCACUCGCCGAGGAACGACUUGGCUAUGUACGCGAAGUAGGCUCACAAGCUGUUUGGAGCUUGUCAUCCUGCAAGCCAGGAUUCGGCGUUGAACGCUUGCGUGAUAAUAUAAUGGACACAUACUGGCAAUCAGAUGGCCAACUGCCUCACUUGGUCAACAUCCAGUUCCACAAACGCACCAACAUCAGCCAGAUUUACAUAUACACCGACUACAAGUUGGACGAAAGCUAUACUCCAUCGCGAAUUUCGAUACGCUCCGGCACCAACUUCAAUGAUCUGCAGGAGCUUCAGGUCAUAGAUCUGACCGAGCCGAAUGGCUGGGUGCAGAUACCCAUUAAAGAUGGCAAUGUGAAGUCGCUGCGCACUUUCAUGCUGCAAAUCGCCGUAAUUUCGAAUCAUCAAAAUGGCCGUGACACUCAUAUGCGGCAAAUUCGCGUUCACGCCCCUUGUGGCGGAGAAAGCAAGCACUAUCCCCUCGAGCUCUUUGGCAAAUUCGGAACCGUUGACUUUCAAAAAUUUGCUACCAUACGUUAAUUUGAAAUGAAAUACUCUGAACAUCUAUAAUUUUCCAUUGGAGUAUUCACUGUAAAUUCGUUGAGUAUGACGGUCCAUUGAUUCCUCACGUAAAUCAGUUAUUUUAAGUUUAUUUAUAUAGUUAGUUGGUAAAGAAAAUCGCAUAAUCAAACAUUUUAUUAAAAUGUCCUCUACUAUUGGAAUCAAUUUAA